CUCUAGCUCCCUGUAAAUGCUUGUUAAUAGCACAACGGGCAGAACUUUGUACAGCUAUGAAGAAUUAUCAACAAGCCCUUUAUGAUGCAGAUGUACUCUGCCGAAGUAAACCCCACUGGCCUAAGGGUCAUUAUGUGAAAGCACAGGCUCUUUCUGGAUUAGGAAGGACUGAAGAAGCAUUGAAGGAGUUUCUUUACUGUGUUGCCUUAAAUCCUCAAUGGAACUCAAUGAAAAUGGAAGCCCAAAAGAUAAUGUGUGAUAUGUUUGUUCCAGCAUUUGAAAAUGUGCACGAUAGUCUAACAGCACCUUUUUGUAGCCGGACAUCUUAUACAAGAUUGAAACCUGCAUUUUUAAGUAGCAUAAAUGCACAGUCCUCUGGAGAAGAGGGGUCAGUUGCAGAGAGCUCAAAGGAGACUACUUUGAGGUUAACAAAAAGCUCGUCUCAAGAGGCUGAAGCAUUUCGGAGUAGUGAUUCUUCUCAUCACAUACCAGACUCCUAUUUUGAAGAUAAUAAAAAAACUUUAGGAACUAUUCUGUCUAGUUUACCUGGAGCAAGCUUAAAACGAAAAUACUCGAAUGGUCCGGGGGAUUUACAGGGCUUGGCUGCUCCUAGCAAAAUCCCUAGAAAAGAUGGAGAUGCUGCUUGUGGAGACUCCUCCUCCCCUCCAUUAAGAGAGAUACCUGUAGACCUCGUGGAUGCAUCUGACUUUGAGUGUUCCCUCUGCAUGAGGUUAUUCUAUGAGCCUGUUGCUACUCCUUGUGGACAUACCUUCUGCCUCAAAUGUCUUGAACGUUGUCUAGAUCAUAAUCCACACUGUCCACUUUGCAAGGAAAAGCUCUCUGAAUUUUUGGCAAGCCGAACAUACAGAAAGUCCGUCCUCACUGAAGAAUUAAUAGUUCGAUACUUGCCUGAAGAAUUGUCUGAAAGGAAAAAGGUUUAUGAAGAUGAAAUGAAGGAAUUAUCAAAUUUGAAUAAAGAUGUUCCCAUCUUUGUAUGCACCAUGGCAUUCCCUACCAUCCCUUGCCCUCUUCAUGUCUUUGAACCCCGUUAUCGGUUAAUGAUCAGAAGGUGCAUGGAAACUGGGACCAAACAAUUUGGCAUGUGCUUAGCUGAUGAACUGAAAGGGUUUGCUGAUUAUGGGUGCAUGCUAGAGAUAAGGGAUGUGAAGUUUUUCCCAGAUGGGCGCUCAGUUGUUGAUACAGUUGGAGUUCGGCGUUUCAGGGUCCUGAGCCAUGGCCAGCGAGAUGGCUAUAAUACUGCAAAUAUUGAAUAUCUGGAAGAUAAAAAGGUUGAAGGGGAAGAGUAUGCAGAACUUGUCCGCCUUCAUGAUUCCGUGUAUGAUCAAGCGGUUUCCUGGUUUACGUCUCUUAAAGAAAACAUGAAAGCGCAAAUUCUAAAUCACUUUGGGCCAAUGCCAGGGAAGGAACAUGAGCCACAGAGUAAUCCCAGCGGUCCAGCUUGGUAUUGGUGGCUGUUAGCAGUAUUGCCACUGGAGAACAGGGCUCAAUUGGCCAUUCUUGCUAUGACUUCACUUAAAGACCGUCUCAUUGCCAUACGCCGUGUGCUAAUAUUUGUGACACGCAAAAGACCCAGAUGACACAGCCUUAUUUCUGAACAAAUAAUGACAACAACUGGUUGCAAAUGCUCAUCAGAAAAAAGUUGGAGACUGAAGGUCUCUUCCUUUGAAGGACGCUUGAUCUGCUCAUCUAAGCAUUCACCAUUCUUUGCACACACUCUACCCAGUAGUUAACCCAAGAGUAAUUCUGUGCCUCUUGUUCUGGAGAAAUCUGAGCCUCUUGGACAUUGUGCCACACUUGCAACACAGCCAUUAGUUGUUGCAGUGGUUAUUGCUCAUAAUUGACUGUCUAUUUAUUUUCGUGAAACAACAGAGUCAGAAGCCCUAAAACGUCCCCAAAGCCCCAACUGAGGUUUUGAUUUCUAUGUAGCAAGGAAGCAGUGGAUUAGAAACUGAGAAUAUGAAUUGUUAGACUAUUCCUUGGAGGUAGCCAGUUGAAGCAAAGUUCUCCAAAACGUUCUUAUGAAGGAGGAGCAAAGGACAACAGCUGCUGAUGAACAGGACAGUCUUUUCUGUAGCACGUGGAUAAAAUGAUUGAGCUAUGAAGCAAAAUGGGAUUUCCUAAGCAAAAUGUUCCCUUUCCAAGGAUGUUUGUUGGAAAGAAUAGUUGAUGAAAAUAACACCAUGUCCGUUUAUGAUAAACCAAUUCCUUGUGUUUGUAAUCUGCAUGCUGUAUGUAAUGGGAAGAGUAUUUCAAAAUAUAUCUAGGAAGGUUAGGUUCCCCUCCCCUCCCUCAUAUCUGAAGCAUCUCGGGCAACCUGCAUUACAAUAUGGGAAGAGUUGCUGUGGACAAGCCAGCUCUCUUUGGUUGCAACCUGGAACCCUGCAUAAUUGCAUAUCCUGUGGCCUCCCACUGUGGACAUAAUUGUUUGUCUCUGUGCGAGAGAUUACUUUCCUUGCCACUUUUAAACGUAAAUAUUUUGGGUUCCUUUGUUUGAUCAUGGCCUGAACAUUUAGCUUAUACAUUUACUCCAUUAAUUUAAAGCUGUUCUGUGGCUAACUUACUUAAAAGCAGUUGAGAAAUAGAACUGCCACUUAGAAUUACUGUUGGUAUUAGUUCUGUAAGUAGAAUAACAAGCAGAUAAGAUUCGAUUUCCACCUCUGUUCACAGCUGUCAUGCCAGCCUAAUAAUCUGAUAUACUAGAGCAACCUUUGUUAGCACAUUUUUUACAAACCAAAACUUUAAUAUUCCUUGUUAUGUACUGACCACUGUCUGUGCUGGGAGUCUUUGUCCUUGAUGACAACUUGAAAGGAGGCACAAACUGAACCCUGUAAAGGCAAAUUUCAAUGCAAGCUUAAACCAGGUGUUACCUUCGAUUUCUCGUUGGUUUUGUAAAUAUUCCUGUGUUUUGAUGUCUUAGUACUUGUUAACUUUUUAAACAUGUUCAAGUUAUUGGAAAGAAACCUUAGCAGUAAAUGUGAAAUAGCGAAACAUUUGCUCAAGAUGUAGACUUCUGAAAUCUCUGGACUGGUAGGAGGUGAAAUUGUCCUGACAGGAAAAGGAAAUGUGAUUGGAAGGCUGUAUGAACAGAAGGCAACUUGAAAGGUACUGGUUCAUGUGCAGAUAAUUUGGCAAGAUGAAAAUAGUGGCAAUACCAAAAUAUUUCAGAAGUGCCUCCUUUUUGAAUUAGAAAAAGCAUGUUAGACAAAGAUAUAAACACACAUGAAUUCAGGAAGACAUGCCAUUGGAAAAAUUAUAGGCUGCAUUAUUUGUAAUGUAAUUAUAGUCUGAGCGGUAUUAGAGGAUUUUUUAAAAGGUUGCAAGUCAUGUUUUCCUAGGAACUGAUCAACAAAUCCUGAAUGUACUGUAGUUGCCUCUACCUUGAAUUCGCCUUUUGUUGUUGAGUGAGGACCUGUGACGAUUCUUUUAACUGUAAGCUGCAUAACUUACAAUUGAUGAUCUAUUAGUCUCUACUGUAGCCUUCCUGCAGGUUCUACUACUUUACCAGAGUUUGUAGGCCACAGGGUGUUUUUUUUCUUCUUCAGAUAAUGUUUAGGAAGUUAGUAUUCAAGCCAGAAAGAAAAAGGUCUUAACUGUAUUUCUCCUCCUUCUCUUCAUUCCCUGGGUGCUAUCAUAAUUUACCCAACACACCUGUCUUCCUGUUAAUCCACUGGACUUCAAAAUCUUCCAGAGUUUUCUAGUAAGAGAUUUUUUAAAAUGUGGCAUCAUUAAUUUUUGACAGGGAACUUUGGCCAUCUUCAUUAUAUUUUUUUCUGUAAUACUUUUCACUUGUGUGUGCUUGAUGUUUCUUUCAGCUUCGGGCUGUAGCUCUUUUUUCUUCCUCUCUGUUUUCUGUAUUCUUUCUUCUUCUGUUCAUAGUAGAAGAAGCAUAGCAAUUAAGUAUAUAUUUGUUCCAUUUAAUUAGUGUUCCUUCACUUUCCAUUGCUCGAUUUUGUCCUUGAUACUCUAUCUUUGAUAUUCCUAAAUGGUACUCUGUUUUGGACAGAGGACUUUUUGGGCAGUCUUCAGCAUGAUAUCCUUAGCCGUCUAGUUUUCUUGAUCUGUCAAGUGAGCAGAUGUAAAGAAAGCUAGAAUUUAAAAACCUUUUUGGAUAAUUGAUUUGACAACCUAGAGAAAUGGAAGUUAAGAUAUCCCUCUAGUCCCCAAAGCCUUGUAGAAAAAUAUUCAGGACCUAUUUUAUGAAUAUAACAAGGAGGAGAGACAUCCUAGCCUCCUCCAAACACGGACAAACUUGUAUUCAUCAUAGGACUGCUAUGUAAGGCUUCCAAAUCACAUCGAAUUGCUGGUCCAAUCUCUCUUGAGUUUCAUAAUCUAUACCAGUUGUUUUCUACUGUGGCCUUUUUAUCUACUGGUUUCAAAUGUCUUCUUUUCAGUUGCUAAAACUGCUUUGCGACUCCAGGGAGCCAGUAACUGGCAGAUUCUUGCUCCUUUGGCUCAUGCUGCAGUUAAUUUUUAAAGAACGUGAAUGGCAAAGGUGUUCUGAAGCUGUAUGCAUUAGUCAUACAGCCCCUUGCGUAACUGAAGGCCUGAUGUUUGGUAGCGCCUUAAUUUUGCAGCUCUGGAAUGAUUGUAUCAACAAAGCACCACAAAAAAACAUCUGGAGCUUGUGACCAGUUUUUUAAAAACAUUUAUGUAGAUAAAACUUGAAAUAAAAUCCUCAUCUGUUUUGAAGCUAGUUAAAGAAGUGUAUGUAUGGUAUGUGUGUGUGAGUGUAUGUGUACAUAUGUAUAAAUAUAAAUUAUUCAUCUGCGCCUUUUUGUACUUAGUAAAAACAAAAACAAAACAGGUAGGUGUUAACAUCCAUGUUUGGCACUUCUGUUGGAUAAAAGAAAGCCAAACCUUUUUU